GUUUUGUUUCACUUAUCGCUAUAUAUUGACCACGAUGAAAAGUUCCAACAACUAUUCUUAUCCUCAUCAGCUCAUACUUUCUUUUGUUUAGUUUUAUCCAAAACCCCACACACACAUAUACAGAGAGUUGAGUUUUGCAUUUGCAGAUUGGAGAGAAGUGGCAAUGGAAGUAAUUUCUCAGAGAACAUCAUCUUCAACUUUGAAUCCCAACGCUCCGUUGUUCGUACCAUUGGCUUAUCGGACGGUGGAGGACUUCUCCGAUCAAUGGUGGGAAUUGGUCCAAUCCUCACCUUGGUUCCGCGAAUACUGGCUACAAGAACGCUUCCAAGAUCCCCAAAAUGACCCUUUCAUUCCUGAUAUUCACGACCCUGUCCUCCCAGACGACAUCGAUGCUCUCUUCGACGAUUACUACGUUGAUCAACAUGAGGAAAAAGAGAGAAAUUUUUACAAGGAUUUGGUUUCAAUAGGGACAUUGAAAUGGCCGAAAGCGCGAGCUGUAGCUAAAGUGCCGAGGUAUAUAGAAAAAGCCCCGAAGGUUGUUAAUGUUAAAGUGAGCCCACGGAUGAUUCAGCAGCCGAGGUAAACUGGAUCAGAUUUCCGAUUCAGCGAGUUAAGGAAGAUCAUGUGCUGGUGUUUCCCAGCUUGUAUUUGCUGUAGUUCUUUUUACUUGCAUAAUUUUUGUACAUAAAUCCUGUGUUUGAUUUCAUGUAAACUUUGCCUUUUGUACCCUUUUGUUAUUACUACUUGAUUUGAUAACAAUCUCUAAUUGUAAGUCACAAAUAUCUCCAACAUGUUAAUUGGUUAAUAAUGGUGGGCUCGUUUGAUUCAACUUA